AUGACUCAACGCCAAUCCCAAGAAUCCCAAGAUCUUGCUAUAGAGCUACUCAGGGAAACGAACCCAGCGCCAAGGGGCCUAAUCGGUGAACUCCAAACUACAUAUACAGCUGUCUCGACAAUAGACUAUCAGGCAAAAUUCCCGACUCUUGCAAGAAAUCUCGAUCUCGCAGCAGAUAUCCAAAAGAACAUACAAGCUGUUAACAAACGUUACGAGAACGCCCUGACAACACGGAAAAAAAUAGAGAAUAAACACAGGACAGCACAACUUAGACCGACAGUGAGAACCGUCCUGGCGACUCUCACCAGGCCAAUCCGAAACAAUCUCGCCAUGCUCGCAAAUAUUAAAGCCCGGUAUAGCAGUCCGAUGGAAGUUGAAGCAACGCUCUCUACUAGCCAGAUCAUUUUGACAGCAAAGCCGACGAGGAAGGCCCGGCCCCAACUGCAACCUCAGCCCCAACCGACCUGCACCCCCAACCAUGCCCUCACGCGUCAUAGAUUAUGUGUGCCACCCCAGCGAGCAAGCCGACCUCUUCAGGCCCACAAGGACGAAUAG